AUGAUCAAUCUGCAGAUCGGUUUUUCGAAGCAAUUGUUGGAAAUCGGAAAUGGCAAAGUUCAAAUCGAUAAUACAAACGGUUUAAUUAGUUUGUCAAACAAUUUUUGUACAAUUCUCCAAUCAAAAGAAGAAUUGAUUGAACGAGUGUUUCCAAAUAUUAUCCAGAAUCACAGGAAUCACAAUUGGUUGAGUGAACGCGCAAUUCUGGUACCAAAGAAUGUGCAUGUCAAUGCUAUCAAUUAUUUCAUCCAAGAAAAAUUGCCUGGUGCAGUAAUAUUAUACAAAUCUAUUGAUAGCGCAUUGAAUGAAGAUGAUGCAGUCAACUAUCCAAUUGAAUUUUUGAAUUCGUUGGAACCACCUGGUAUACCGCCGCAUUUCUUGAAUUUGAAGGUCCGCUCAUAA